UGUCGCAUUUCGCACUUGCGCUCGUAAUGGGGUUAAUAAACGUAACUGUUGUCCUGUUGGGCCUUUUCUCCUUUUCGGCUUUAGGCGUGGAUGUGUUCUUUGAUACAUUGGAUUUGGACGACAUGUGGGAUGAAUUCAAGGAUAGAUUCAAUAAGACGUAUAACGGGGAUCAUGACAACAACAGGAGGGAAGCCUGGGAACAGAAUAUGCAGAGGAUUAAGAAGCACAACGAUGAAGCCGAACAAGGGAAGCACAGCUUUUACAUCAAGGACAAUCAUCUUAGUGAUCUGUCUCCGGAUAUUUAUUUGCAAAAAAUGGUGAAGCUGACCCAUAGCAGGCACAGGAAAACUCCUGAUCCUGAAAUAGUUGGAGAUUUCUAUCACUACCUACACUCGAUCCCUGAAGAACUUGAUUGGAGGAAGAAAGGUUUUAUAACACCUGUGUACAAUCAGCGCGAUUGCGGAUCUUGCUACGCUUUUAGUAUAGCGCUGGUUCUUCAAGCGCAGAUCUUCAAACAGACCCAUCGAUUGGUACCAUUGAGCGAACAGCAGAUCGUGGAUUGCAGCGUGUCAAACGGAAAUUACGGAUGUGGUGGUGGUUCCUUAAGAAACACACUUAGAUACUUGGAUAAGUCCGGAGGUUUGAUGGCCUACAGCGAUUACCCAUAUGUUGCUAAACAAAAGAAAUGCAAUUUUAAUAAGGAUAAGACGAUGGUGAAUGUUAGCUCUUGGGCUAUUUUACCAGCAAGGGAUGAGAAGGCUUUAGAGAUAGCCUUAGCUAAAAUCGGACCAAUUGCGGCUAGUAUAAACGCGAGUCCUCACACGUUUCAGUUGUACCACAAAGGCGUUUACGAUGAUGACGCAUGCUCUUCCAGCACCGUGAACCACGCUAUGCUUUUGGUGGGCUAUACCAAAGAUGCGUGGAUAUUGAAGAACUGGUGGGGAAGCCAUUGGGGAGAGAAUGGUUACAUGCGACUAAAACGACACAAGAACAGAUGCGGCAUCUCCAAUUAUGCGGCCUACGCACUCGUCUGAAUAAAUAAAGAUCGGAGUAUAAAGAAAUGCAACUUAGAUUUAAUCAGCGCUGGCUUCCAUUUUGCGUCUUAUCUAUGUGCGAUAUGUAAAGUGCGUUCCAUUGGCCAAAUCUGCAACACCUCGAGCCACUCCCAUUCGGAAUCAAUUAAUAUAAACAAUAUCGCGAACGUAGCAAGCAAAAUGGAGGCCUGCGUUCCCUCACCUCAUUACCUAAUACUGAGCUCUUCAGGUUAAAUA